GGGGAGCGGCGCGGGGCCGGGCGCGGGGUGCCCAGUGGACGGGACGCUGCCAGCAGGCCUCUUCUGUCCCCCCGUGCAGCCCCCGGCCAGGAUGGAAAGGCAGGGCCCGGCAGGCCCCAGGCUCGGGGCCGGAGCCGCGUGGGCAGGGGAUGCGCCUUGUGCCAUCCAGGAGUCGCCGAGCUGGGCAGCGAGGCGGCAGGUCAAGCAGGAGCCGGAGGAGGAGCCGGGCCAGUGCUGCGGGGAUCGGUGGCAAGAGGGGCUACCUGCCCUGCACCCCUCUGCCCCAGUGACAACGGAGCUGCCACCGGGGGACGAAAACCGCCUGAGCCCAGAGAUGCGGCGCCGGCGUUUCCGGGGCUUCCGCUACCAGGAGGCCGCGGGGCCGCGGGAGGUGUGCGGCCGGCUGCGGGAGCUGUGCCGGGGCUGGCUGGAGCCCCAGCGCCGCAGCAAGGAGCAGAUGCUGGAGCUGGUGGUGCUGGAGCAGUUCCUGGCCAUCCUGCCCCGGGAGAUGCAGAGCUGGGAGUGGGGCUGCGGCGUGCAGACCUGCGCCGAGGCCGUGACCCUGGCCGAGGGGUUUCAGCUGGGACAGGUGGAGGACGAGAAGCUGCAGGUCAUAGUGCGUGUGAAGGUCGAGGACGACGCCGUAGACGGGGCAGGACAGGACGAGACCCCAGGGUCCCUGCAUGAGCCACCUUGUUUCCCCACGGAGGGGCCCCCGCCCCUCCAGGAGUCAGAUUCCCCCGACACGGAGGAGACCUGGGACUCGUCAGCAAAUGAAAGCUCCUCAGGCUUGUGCCCCAAAAGGAGGUCAUCCCCGGGAGCAGCAGGUGCCCAGAUGUCAGAGGUCACCGAGGAGCAGCCGGCCCCCGGCCCGGGGGAGCAUCGUCACUGGUGUGCUGAGUGCAAGAAACCAUUUGCUCACCUGUCCUCCCUGUCCCGGCACCGCCGCCUCCACGCAGGGGAGAAGCCCCAUGGCUGCUUCGAAUGCAAGAAACGUUUUGUGAGCCGCUCAGACCUGGCCCGGCACCGCCGCGUGCAUACAGGGGAGAAGCCGUACCGCUGCCCCCAGUGCCCCAAGAGCUUUGCCCAGCAUGCCCACCUAGCCCAGCACCGGCGCAUCCACUCCGGGGAGCGCCCAUACGGCUGCCCCGACUGCGGCAGGUGCUUCACGCAGCCCUGCAGCCUGGCCCAGCACCAGUGCAUCCCCUCUGGGGACCCCUUGGCUGCCUAUGGACAGAGCUUUCGGUGCACCUCUGGUCCCAGCCCGCAGCUGCACUCGGGUGAGCCAACUCAUCCCCACACUGAGGGCCUGAAGAGAUUUGCCUUGCCCUUGUCCCUCACAAGGUAGGACGUGGCGGGGCCUUGUAUGUGCUGGGGCAAAGAAGAGGAAGGUCCCUGUCAGCAUGUGUCCCAGAUGAGCUAGCUCAGAGCUGCCUCUGGCCUUGUACAGACCUUCAUUUACUCCUGGGAGAGUGUGCUGCUCUCCCAGGGGAAAUUGCGAGUGUGCAGACGUUUGGGCCUUUUCUCCCAGAGUAAAAAUGGCUGCUCCAGGAGGAAAAUAUCUGGGGUUCAAUCAUGCCUGAGAGAAUUUCUCCUGGGAGAGCGAAUGUCCUCUUCAUUCCUCUGGAGGUCGGAGUCUGGCCCUGAAGGAGCAUGAGGGGCAUCAGGCCAGAUGUCAUCAGGCAUCUGACCCUACAUGGAUCCUGCGGUGUCCCCCAGAGCCCAAUUCAGGUUUUCUUUUUACCAUCUCAACCAUAAUUCAGUCUUGCCAGACCUAAACGGGGCGUUCCUGGGGCAGGUCUCUACCCAUCUCCAGAGUCGUGAGAUAGGCACGAACCAGAGGCUGGAGGCCUAUGCAGGUGCAAAAGACUGGGAUUUCCCAGCCCUGCUCUUCUUCCAGUGGCUUCAUGGAGAUCCUGGGGCUGCUCCCAGUCGCACCGUUGUGAAGGACUUGAGGGCAGGGUAGAGCUGCACCCACAGGAGGUAGGACCCACUGCAGACCCCCAGAUUUCAUGGGACAAGGAAGAAGGUUCCCCCCGCAAGCUCCUAGGAGAUAGUUUGGAUCUCAGCUAGCUGCAUCAGCUAGAGACAAAGCGCCCCAGAUUGACUUUGUCCACACACAGCAUCUAUCGGUUGGAGGGGACUUGAACUUCCAAAAGCCCUAUUGCUGCCCUUGCCUUCUGGUUAUCUGGAGCUAGGGGUGGAUGCAGAAGGGGUGCGGUGGCAUGGUGACAUCCCCACCUUUUGGAUUGUACUGUGCUAUAAGCCUCUGAGGACUCUUCACAAUCCCUAAAGCUGGUGAAAAUCCUCCCUUCUCAGUCCCCCCCCGGGUCUCAGGCAAGAAGCACCAGAGUCCCUGCCUGGAAUCUCUAUUAGCAGCUGAGGUCCCUCUGGGGCAGCUUCAGGGAUGAUAUCCAGUGCCAUGAUAGUAAUUUUGCUAAGGGUUUAGGGUGCUGGGUUUGUCUGGAAUGGGUUGGAUGGGUCUGAUCCUGCCUGGGGCAAGGAGUUGGACUGGAUGCGACCUCCACAGCUCCCUUCUGGCCCUAUUUCUCUCGGACUCAAUGCACUGAAGAGGAUGGAAAAAGGGGGGGGUCACCUGCUUUAGAGACUUAAAGAGACCUCAUGGUCUCCUUCUUACUGGAGGAAACUAGGAGCAGGGUGGGUCGAUGCUUCCGCACCCCCUUUGGAAGAUCCUGGAUCUGUCCCUGGUUGCAAUGGCUUCCUCUGGUCAGAGUUACAACCCUCCUGUCCAUUCAGCCGGCAUUUGCAGGGGUUCGUUAGACAUUGCAAAGGCGUCCAGGCUACGUUCUGCCAAACGAAGGAUCCCAUUAAAGUUUCUCCUUGGA